AUGGCAUCCUUCACUCCCCAGCUUGCAACCUUCAAGGCCCCCGCCAUCGACAAUGAGCCGAUGAGGAGUUAUGCCCCCGGCUCACCUGAACGCAAAGCCCUGGUCGAGGCGGUCGCUCAGAUGGAGAAGGAGCUCCCCUUCGAGGUUCCCUGCGUGAUCAACGGAAAGGAGGUCAAGACGGGCAAGCUCGCAAAGCAGCCCAUGCCCGCCACCCAUGCCAAGCACCUCUGCACGUACCACGAAGCUGACCAGGCGACCGUCGCGAGCGCGAUCGAGGGCGCGCUCGCUGCGAAGACUGAGUGGGAGGCGAUGCCUUGGAACGACCGCGCGGCGAUCUUCUUGAAGGCGGCGGACCUUGUGAGCGGGAAGUACCGUUACAAGCUCAUGGCGGCGACUAUGCUCGGUCAGGGCAAGAACGCAUGGCAGGCGGAGAUUGACGCAGCGGCUGAGCUCGCGGACUUUUUCCGCUUCGGCGUGAAGUACGUCGAGGAGUUGUACUCGCAGCAACCCGUCAAAAACGCAGCCGGCAGCUGGAACCGAGUCGAGUACCGCGCGCUUGAGGGCUUCGUCCUAGCUGUCUCGCCCUUUAACUUCACCGCCAUUGGCGGAAACCUCCCCGGAACCCCCGCGCUCGUCGGCAAUGUCGUCGUCUGGAAGCCCUCACCCGCGGCCACUUACUCCAACUAUAUCAUCCACCAGAUCCUCACAGAAGCCGGCCUUCCCGCGGGUGUCAUCCAGUUUGUUCCCGGUCCUCCUGAGGAGGUCGUCGGCCAGGCGAUCGCGCACCCAUCUUUCGCGAGCCUGCACUUCACCGGCAGCACCUUCAUCUUCAAGAAGCUCUGGAAGGACAUCGCGGCCAACCUCGACAACUACAAGGGUUACCCGCGUAUCGUCGGCGAGACUGGCGGAAAGAACUUCCACCUCGUUCACCCGUCGGCCGAGAUUAAAAAUGCCGUCAACCAGACCGUCCGUGGCGCAUUCGAGUACCAGGGCCAGAAGUGCUCUGCCCUGUCUCGUCUGUAUGUCGCAUCCUCGAUCUGGAACAACGGUUUCAAGGAGCAGCUCCUGAACGAGGUCGCGAAGCUCAAGGUCGGCCCUUGCACCGACUUCACAAACUUCAUCGGACCCGUUAUUGGCCGCCCUGCCUUCGACAAGAUCACUGGCUACAUCCAGAAGGCGAGGGAUGCAGGCAGUGAGAUCAUUGCGGGUGGCAGCGCGGACGACUCCACUGGAUACUUUGUGCAGCCUACCGUCAUCCUGACCAAGGACCCGAAGUCUAUCACGAUGGUUGAGGAGAUCUUCGGCCCCGUCCUGACGGUCUUCGUGUACGAGGACGCUGACUACGAGAAGACCCUCGAGCUGAUCGACACUACGACUACCUACGCGCUCACUGGCUCCAUCUUCGCGUCGGACCGCAAGGCUCUUGUACACGCGACGAACCGCCUGCGCAACUCCGCCGGCAACGUGUACUACAACGAGAAGUGCACGGGCGCAGUCGUCGGCCAGCAGCCGUUCGGUGGCGCGCGGGGCAGCGGCACGAACGACAAGGCGGGCAGCAUCUCGAUCUUCUACCGUUUCGUGUCCGCGCGGAGCAUCAAGGAGAACUUCGUCGGGCUCGAGGACUUCUCGUACCCGUCGAACCUUGCUUGA